AUGUUAUCGCAACGCACUCUCAGCCCGCCCGAUGUGGAUGCUGACAGUCUCAACAACCUCGAACGCCUCUUGUUCUCCCAAGCCGUGCACGAAUAUGGAUCGCAGGCAUGGCAGGAGGUCUCCAGUGUACUCUCCAGGCAUCCAAUGAUCUCGCGUCCCAAACAUUUCUUUUCCAUCCAAACGUGCCCUGCUAUAUAUGCUCAGCUCAUGUGUGAUGCUGGCCUGGAAUGUUCUGCGGAAAAUGCUGUCCCGCGCGCUCCUGAACAUCUCAAUUUGGCGCAGUACCACUAUCGACGACGCGUUCAAGAGUUGAGGGAGCUGAUAGCGGCUGAGGACAAGAAAUUCAAAAACCUGGUUCAAGAAAUUGAUGAAAUUCGUGCUGGGCUAUGGGAUGAUAGAAUUCGUUUGAAGCUCGGUAUGGAUCCCACUUCGCAAGUAUCUUCCCCCGCAGAAGAUGGACAAGAAGUUGAGCCCGCCUCGCCUGGCAGACAAGAUCAAUUUUCGGACGAGGCAAGAGGCGAGCGAUCUUGUAGUCCGCAACGAAAGCCAGAAUCUGAAGAGAAUCAGCAGCAAGAGCUAGCUCAGGCGAUUGCGUCAGAGCAAGUGGCAGAACAGGCACUGGUACAUGGGAUGAUGCAUGAGCCGGUGCUGGCGCAGGAACUUGUGCCUGAGCCUGAACCUGAGCCUGAGCCUGAGCCUGAGCCUGAGCCUGAGCCUGCACUCGUCCCAGAGCCAAUGCCAGAGCCACAGCCAGAGUCAGAUCCACAGCCAGAGUCAGAUCCACAGCCAGAGUCAGACCCACAGCCAGAGUCAGACCCACAGCCAGAGUCAGAUCCACAGCCAGAGCCAGAGCCAGAGCUUGAGCCAGAGUAUGAGUUCGAGCGUGAGCAAGCGCGAGCACAAGUACAAACUCGAGGAUCCGAAGAAGAGCAACAGCAGGCGCAAAAGCAAGAGUCCGAGCAAGGACAAGAACGAGAACGAGAACGAGAACGGGAACGAGAACGAGAACAAGAACGAGAACGAGAACAAGAACAAGAACGAGAACAAGAACGAGAACGAGAACAAGAACGAGAACAAGAACAAGAACGAGAACAAGAACGAGAACAAGAACGAGAACAACAACAAGAACGGGAACGAGAACGGGAACAAGAUCGAGAACGAGAACAGGACCCAGUGCUUGAAUCAGAAGUUCAGCAGGUACCAGAGCCAGAACUCCCAGUGCGCAUGGUAUCGGACGGAGCUGUUACAUAUGAAGACCAAAACGCGCUCGCCGAUCAUGAAGAGGCAUUGCAAGCUCAAGAAAUUGUUACUCAAGAGAACAUUUUGAGUCUAGACGAGUCUCAUGACACGAUCAUGUCGCAAGAGGAUCAUAGUUCUGAUGCGGCCGAGGUCGCUGGCGCACUAGUGGCUUCCUCUCCUCAUGCUGAGGAAGAUCAGGAGAUGGCUGACGCCGAGGACGUUGACGAACACUUAGAACAGGUUCCCGAUGAACCGCAACAGUCUCCCACCAGUGCACCUGACAUUGUUGCUGAAGAACUGCUCGUGAGGCAAGAAGAUGAGGUGGACGAGCCUCUGGCGCCUGAGAAUGUUGAUGAACAGCACAAGACUCUUGUGCCUAUCGCGGAUGCACCGAUGCAGGAAGGCCAAUUAGAGCCAGAACCACCAUCAGAAGUUGACCCAGCGCAAACGACUGACGAAGAGCCUUUGCGUAACGAAGCUGGGAAGCGGAAGGCGUCCGACGUCGAAGGAAUCCAAGAGUCUCAGCGCGAGAAAAAGCGCAUUCGCGAAGAUUCUGUAGUUAUGGAGGAUGAGGAAGCUGGUCCCAAUACUGGUGCAGUUCCUAAAACAGGUCGCCGCCCUGGCCGCCCAGCCGCAACGGACAACCCCAUCGUCUCCAAGCGGUUCCAGAAUAUGAUUGGGAUGCUGCAUUCACAGAUCUCCCAGCAUAGGAAUGGCAACAUAUUUCACAAUCCCAUCCGCAAGAUUGAGGCACCAGAUUAUCAUGACAUCGUCAAGCGGCCGAUGGACCUCAAGACCAUUAAGGCGAGAAUCAAAGAUGGCCUCAUUUCAAAUUCGCUCGAGUUCCAGCGAGACGUCUAUCUCAUGUUCGCGAAUGCAAUCAUGUAUAACCGACCCGGCUCGGAAAUCUCAAAUAUGGCGGAGGAGAUGAUGCUUGCGAGUGAGAUUCAGAUAAAUACGUUCCGACAGACAGAAGGUUUCCAUCGCAUAUAA